AUGGCGUGGCCCUGCAUCAGCCGCCUGUGCUGCCUGGCGCGGCGCUGGAACCAGCGGGACCGCUCGGACGUGGCGGUGCCGCUGACCCUGCACAGCUACUCGGACCUGGACAGCGAGGAGCCGGGCCCCGGCGCCGCCGCCCCGCGCACGGGCGCGCCCCCCGCGGGCGCCCGGGCCCCCGGCCGGGACGUGCCCCGCACGCAGUACCAGCGGGACUUCUGCGCGUGGCCCGCGCCCGCCGGGCCCCGGGCGGCGGCGCAGGGGCGCAGGCCGGGGGCGGCCGGCCGGAGGGGCGCCUCCCCCGCAGCCCCUGGGGGCCAGGGGGUCUACGUGCUCCCCAUCGGGGACGCGGACGCGGCUGCGGCAGCCACCUCGUCGUACAGACAGGAAUUCCAGCCCUGGACCGGAGUCAAGCCAUCGCGAUCCACGAAGGCGAAGCCGACCACGGUGAUCACAACCCACAGCUCGGGAUGGGCCGGAGGCCCUGGGUCCGGCUUCCAGGUCCCCGAGGUGAGGACGACGUUCAGUCCUAACCCCUCAGCCAUCUUCCAGACGCCAGCUCCCCGGAUCCUCCAUGUGUGA